GCUACACCAUCUCUUCCUUCCUGCUCGCGCUGAAUGUCCGUCAAAGAGAAGGAGGCACGAAUAAUAAACAUACACCUGUGAGUGUGUGCGUGGAAGAGACAGCGCGAUAAUGACGCUCCCCAACACUGUAACCGGGCUGUUUUUAAUGUUCGCGUGGAUUUACCCGAGUCACGCACUUUACUUCCACAUCGGGGAGACGGAGAAGAAAUGCUUCAUUGAGGAAAUUCCCGACGAGACCAUGGUUAUUGGAAAAUACAGGACUCAGCUGUGGGACAAGCAGACCAAUUCCUUCCUCCCAGCCACCCCAGGUCUUGGGAUGCAUGUGGAGAUCAAGGAUCCAGACACAAAGAUUAUCCUCUCUCGUCAGUACGGAUCAGACGGACGGUUCACCUUCACCUCCCACACUCCAGGAGAACAUCAGAUCUGUCUGCACUCAAACUCCACCAAGAUGGCUCUGUUUGCCGGUGGGAAACUGAGAGUGCAUCUGGACAUUCAAGUUGGAGAACACACAAACAACUACCCUGAGAUUGCAGCGAAGGACAAACUCACCGAGCUGCAGCUGCGAGUCCGACAACUUCUGGACCAAGUGGAGCAGAUCCAGAAGGAGCAAAACUACCAGAGAUACCGCGAGGAGCGCUUCCGCAUGACAAGUGAAAGCACCAACCAGCGUGUCCUGUGGUGGUCCAUCGCUCAAACACUUAUCCUCAUCAUCACUGGGAUUUGGCAGAUGAAGCACCUGAAAAGCUUCUUUGAGGCCAAGAAACUCGUGUAGUAGACAUUACGUCUGAGCACGAGCGGCACCAGGAAACGCAGUUAAUGACUCACAAAGACAAUGUUGACUUGAGUGGGACAGAGACACGUCUGGGGUGCAGGGACGCAGAGACAUCCAGGAACAGACCAACGGACUUACUAUCAGCCACAAAUGGUACGAGCAAACUCCCAGGAGCAGUUAUUAUCUGAGUCUGAGACAUUGUUGUGUUGUUUUGUUAGCAGCACACAUUCCUGUUGCCUUUUAUGUUUUUGUUUCCACAACAUUGGACCGAACCAUCAGUUUUCUAUCUGCCUGUGAAAGAAGACGACGCAGAGACACAAUUUAAGUAAUAGUCCGUGAUUUCGUCCGUGAACACGUUUUUAAAUCUUGUUAUUGAACAAGAUUUAUCCUCUUCACAACCUUUUAGGCCUCGGUUUAGACUGCAGCCCAAAUCGGAUUUUAACCCUUCUGUUACCAAUCCUGUCGUCGUCCUGGAUUUGGCAUGCGUACGUGUCAAAACCACAACUCCUAAACUGUUUGUGAUGGAGAAAACUCAAAAACUGUGGACCACCAUCUGUCCACGGUGAGACCCCGCGGUAGACUAAGCGGUAGAAGUUGGACAGAUGGAUGGAUGGAUACCAGAAAGCAGAGAAAUAGAGCUUUGCGCACAUAUACUUGUCAUUACGGUAGAACCUCAGGACUUCCCAGCGCGGCACACGUUUGUGACGUCAGCUUCUCCGUACUGUAGUUCCUAAACGGUUGAAUAACUGCCAGAUAUGGAAAAGGAACGUUAUCUUGGAUAUAGCUGCAGAAGCACUUUUCUACAGCCUGAUUAUCAUGAUGAUCAGUCAAACUACGUACUGAGGUGGUUUUUUGAGUCUGAUUCUGAUCAAAUUUUUACAGAUCCGUUUCAGUCUGGAUUUCAGAUAAGUGUCUUCUGCGUCACUCGCAGCGCGGCUCGAAUGACGACAACAACGACGGAGGUCUGGAGAGACGGAAGUGAAUCAAAGGAAACAGGCACAGAUUUCUUGUCGUCCAUUUUGUUUUAGACUACUUGUUUUUCCAAGGGCGUGGUCUGUAACUACACAAAUCCACGAGGAUUAGACUAGACUAGAAGAUUAGAUUCUGAUCACAUAUGCUUACAAAUCCGAUCCGGGCUGCAGUCUAAACAAAGCCAUCGAUAACUAAACUUGUUUGGGAAAAAAAAGGAUGUUGUGAGUGUUUUGAGGGCGGAGCUUUGGCGCUGGAACGGACAGGAGGGGGCGGGGUGUUGGUUUAUUUUUUGAUCUCAGACAACUUUGUUCAUCAACAACUAUUUGUAACGUGAAGAGGAUUUCAACAUUGUUUUUACAUCAUACAGGAGUGAGUGACUGCAGCAGUGGACGCGCGAGUUAUAACCAAGUCAUUUAUUUUAUUUAGGGACGCACGAACAGACCGUUCCCUUCUUCUUCUCCUUCUAUGCUUGUGUCCUCUAUUAUCCAACUAUUACUUGUUAUUUAUGUUUAUUUAUUUUGCUCAAUGAAAAAGAAAAUGUGCUGAGACACAAGUACGCAAAAUAUUCUGUUAAUUUCAAAUGUAAAAUGUAUGUAUGUGUGUGUGUGUAUAUAU